UAUUAAUAUUUCUCUUGUGUCUGGCAUGACAUAACACAAGUUGUUCAAAGCGAUGCUGGGUGAGAGAGGGAAGGCUGGCUGCAUCACAUUAGGGGUUCGAUGAUCUUCAGCACAAGGGUUACUUCGUGGAGCUUCCCCAGGGCUGCUUUGAUCCCUGCUAUGAGCAUUUAAAAAUCCAGCUGACAACUGGGAUCAAGUUAGAGGGGAGGGUGCAGAAAGCCACACGGGGCAAACCUCCCCUUCUGUCCUCUUCAUCCUCAAGGACCUAAUUACCUAAUUAUCACAUGUUAAUGAGGGGGACUGCAGCUCCUCCCUGACCCAGUCCUUUCCUGCUCCAGGCAUCCUUUUGCUCACAGAGCCGUAUUUUAUUUAUCGGCUUUAGUGUGGUUUCUAGUCUCUAUCAAAUGAAUCGUUCCACCUGGGCCUCAAUUUGCUCUCCAGAUGGCUCAGCCCUCUUAAGCUGCCCUGGUGUGAUAUAUUUUCUCUGAGCUGCGAUGGGUUUUCCCUAGGUCCUGGCUCCUCCCUGGCUGGCUGUUAUUGACAGCUGCAUGGCUAAUGCCCUGUAGCUCUCUGGCAUGUCAUUCAGGAGAAACAAAAGCGGAUUUCUCCCCCACCUCUCCAGCAGCAAGGAUAAAGGGGAUGCUUUUGUGCUUCCCCAAGCUUUGCCGCAGAAGGGCUGAGCGUGCUUUGGUGAAGGGACCUGUCUCCAUGGAUGGGAGCUCUCCGAGAGGGAAGUUGAGUCUUCGCUAGGUCCCACCUGGAGAACACAACCUGUAGGCCAGGAUGCAUCGAAUGAUGAAAGAAGAAUCAAGUUUCAGGACAAGCAGCCUGGAGAAUGUGACACGGGACCCAAGCAAAGAAAAGCUGCACAUGAAGCUCUGCAGUGGGUCCUGCCACGCUGAGCAAAUCCUCCAGACGCUGAACUCCUACCGGCAGAGCGGCAUCUUCACAGAUGUGGUGUUAUUAAUUGAUGGACAAGAAUUUCCCUGUCACCGUGCCACUUUGUCAGCCAACAGCACGUAUUUCCGAGCCAUGUUUGGUGGCGACCUCAAGGAAGGCCACCAAGAUAUCAUUAAUAUCCAGAAGAUAUCUGCUUCCACUAUGUCUCUCCUUCUUGAUUAUAUGUAUGGGGGGAACAUCAUCAUUCAGGAGGACAACGUUGAAGGCAUCUUGGAACUGUCUGACUUGCUGCAGAUCUCCAAGCUCAGGGAUGCUUGCGUCACCUUCCUCGAAGGUCAGCUUCACCCAUGCAAUUGUUUGGGCAUCAUGAAGUUUGCCGAUUCAUUUUCCAUUGCGUCUCUGACAGAAAAGAGCAAGAGGUUCAUGCUGGAGUGUUUUGUGGAGGUGUCGUGUCAUGAAGAGUUUCUGGAGAUGGGUGUGAAGGAGCUGGUUGAGUAUCUGUCCGAUGAGCAGCUGGUGGUCCCCAAGGAGGAAGCGGUCUUUGAAGCAGUCAUGCGCUGGGUACGGCAUGACGUACCCGCCAGGAAGGGAGCCUUGAAAGAUCUCCUCGAGCAUGUGCGUCUGCCCCUGCUUGACCCCACCUACUUCUUGGAGAAGGUGGAAAUGGACGGACUCAUCCAGGACUCAAAGGAGUGCAUUCCUCUACUGCACGAGGCCCGCAAGUACUACAUCCUCGGGAACGAGGUCAGCUCUUUGCGAUCAAGGCCCAGGAGGUUCAUGGAGCUGGCAGAAGUCAUCAUCGUCAUUGGGGGCUGUGAUAAGAAAGGCCUUCUGAAGCUGCCCUUCACAGACCUCUACCACCCAAAAAGCAGGCAGUGGACAGCCCUCUCCAGCGUGCCUGGCUAUACCAAGUCAGAGUUUGCUGCCUGCACACUGAAGAACGAUGUGUACAUAUCAGGAGGACACAUCAGCAGCAACGAUGUUUGGGUGCUGAGCUCCCAGCUGAACGUCUGGAUCAAGGUUGCUUGUCUGCAGAAGGGCCGAUGGAGGCACAAAAUGGCAACGCUUCAGGGCAAGAUCUAUGCUGUGGGAGGCUUUGAUGGUUUUUACCGCCUCUCCAGUGUGGAGUGCUAUGACACCUUCUCCAACAGCUGGUCAACCUUGGCCCCGCUGCCACAAGCCGUGAGCUCGGCGGCUGUGGUCUCCUGCCUGAACAAGCUCUACGUGCUGGGUGGUGCUGUGGAUGACACCGCUAACACCGACAAGGUCCAGUGUUACGAUCCAGAGGACAACAAGUGGACGCUCCUGUCUCCCACCCCUUUUUACCAGAGGUGCAUCAGUGCUGUCUGCUUGGACAACAUUAUUUAUGUUGUAGGUGGACUUCUCAGUAAAAUCUUCAGCUAUGAUCCGAGGAAAGACAGCUGGCGAGAAGUGGCCACCCUCCCUGGGCCUCUGGAGAGCUGUGGCCUGACGGUGUGUGGAGGGAAGAUUUACAUCCUGGGUGGCCGAGACGAGAACGGGGAAGGCACGGACAAAGCGUUCACUUUCGACCCGGUAACGGGGAAGGUGGAGCAGCAGCCGCCGCUGCAGCGCUGCACCAGUUAUCACGGCUGCGUGACCAUCCUGCAGCGCAUGAACAGAUGACCACGGGGCUCCACCUGCAGCCACCUCCCGCCCAGAGCCUCCCCUUGAGACAGUGGCCACGCAGUACGCAGACAGACAUCUCACCUUUGUGAGGGGAAGGACAAUACAAGCCACUGAAGAUGAAGUGCUCCAGCCAGCCUCCGAGCAACCUCUGUUUUCUUUUUCCUGGCCUGGUGAAGCCAAUGGCUUUGAUGCUGGUCUAGGUGAGAGGAGGGAAGGGUGCUGGGUUGUGCGAAGCUACAUCGCAGACCUUGCCGCAGUAGGAUUCAAGUACCCUUGCAGCCCCUGGAACUACUGAAUUUGACCUUUACUUAGGUUUUCCUGGCUGUAGAUUAUAGUUUUCUGUUAUGCUGUUGACAGAGGCUCACUGUCCUGCAAGGACAUGUAUUUGCUGCUUUCUGACGCCCAAGGCUGUUGCAGUAACACUUAGAGUUACAGGAUCCAAAUCUUUAGCUAAAGCUGUCAACUGUUUGUGCAUUUAGCUCUGUAGAACCCUGUGUCAAACCACGGUGGUGACCUAAAUGGUCAUUAACAUACACAAACCGUCCCGUUACAAAUGAGAUCUGAGACUGAGAGUUCAAAGCUGACAUCCCAAGAAAAAUUCUCCACUGAAUUCCCCAAAACCUGGAUAAAUAGUCCAAGCUCUCCAUUCUGCACAUGCUGUAUGAGGGUCUGUUCCCCUAAAGCACAGAGUGCUGUCUCUUUUCAGACACGUUUUGUGGUCGGACUGCUGUCACACUGCCUCUUUGUCAUCAAGAGGGCAGGUGAACCACGUAGCCAAGAGUUCCUCCUUCCGAGAGCGGAGGUAGGGGGAAGAUUAAUGUGUGGGAAUUAAGCAUGAAGACCUGAAGCAUGGUAGCCACAGCGUCGCAGCUGGCUCGGUGUGACUCUGGAGUAUGCUAUCACGUAUUAAAAUAAACAAUAUUUAACAGAUUUGAUACAGAGUCCCUGGGAGCCUGAAUGUGCAGCUCAUUUGGAGGGCAAGUGUUUAAUUACACAGACUGCGUUGCUCCAAGCCGGUGGUCUCAGGUCCAGAAAUGAUCCUGAGUACAUUUGAUUUGAUAGAAUAGCCAUAGCUUUUGGUGUCAGUGUCUUUAGACCAUGACUGGAACUGAAAAUUUCUGAUGGCUCCGUGUAGAUGUUCAUGUUGUUCAAUUAGGGACUUGGUGGCUGCCAAACGUAGAGUGGAGUCUCUUAAAAACUCCCAUUAUUUGUACGUUGCAGGGUGCACCUCUCUACAGCAGGCUGCUGGCUGGCUGCUGUUUCCUCUGCACCUUUAUUCCUCUCCCCAGUGAUGACUUCUUCCUGAAGUAGAGGAAACUACAAUGUCCACUGGCCCAGACACUUCCCUUUUCAGGGCAUUUUAAUUGUCUUAAACCUCCUGGUUUUGCCUGUUUCUCCUAUAUACCUGUUUUUUUAUGUCGUCCUCUAGUACUUCUGUUUUCUGUCAAGUCUGACAAGGUCAACUCUUCUCCGUGAUGAUAUCAGGCUUGCCUGUAAAACAUGGCAAAAAGAAGCCCCUGCUGAAGAACCAAAACUGGCUGCAGCCGCGGAGCAACGAUCUCCUCUUCUCUUUAGGGAAUGCGUGUUCUUCCAUUGGCCAAGUGACAAGCAAGAUGUUUCACUGCAUGAAAUGUACCUUACGGUCCUCACAGUCAUGUCUGUAAAGUCUCAGGGCUAUCAUGGCUGUUUCGUUCAUCGAAGUGCACUAUUUGGACGUUUUCGGCCCCAAUUUCUCUUUUGAGGCCUGUGCAUGGGGGUGGGGGUUAGCCCUUUUGUCAGAUCAGGAGCAGCACGAUGUGUCCUUUAAAGCAAUAUAAAGGAGAUUCAAUGCUCGUAUCGGUUAUUCCCAUGAGGAGAGAAAAAAAUUUAUGCUGGUAAAAGGCAAUUUUAUUUGCAAUCAAAUUGCAUCCUCUCUUGGGUCAUUUAAUGGUGAUUUCAGGAGAAAGCGGCACCUUUCCCUCAGUUAAAUUGGCACAAGAGAAAGUAGAAGCACAUCAACCCAUGAUGUGAUAGCUGUCAGGGCCAGACAGACCUUUAUCUUCCUACAGCCUGAUUUCCUGAGGACCACGAGUCACAGUCCAUCUCUUACUGUUCCCCUGUGCCUUAAGCAAUUCACCGCUUCGGUACGGGAGACCCUUCAAAGUGUGUAUCUCCACUUCAACCCAUGAUUCGUAUGGCCAAGGAGGUUUUUAAUUCUCCGCAGAAUGUCCCAUUAGCAUGUCCGUCCUCUUGGUCUGCACUUUGGAAAACUCUGCUGGUGUCUCGAGAGUGAGCGCACCCAGAGGUUGCAGGGGCACGCGCUGAGCAUCUGCCCAGCAGAGGAUGGUGGGCACCGUGAGGAGUCAGGCCUUAUCAAAGGGAUGGUCCUCAUGCCAAAUUUCUGCCUUGUCUAGGGUAUCUGGAAUAGGGCUGUGAACACAGACGUAUCUCACUUGGCUGCUGACAGCUCUUUCUGCUCUUGUCCUUGAAAAAUGAGUGUGGUAAUAUAUUUGGGUGUAGCAAGAGCCUUGAGAGGAAAGAGUUUUCCAGUUGCACUUACAACUUCUCUUUCCACAGUCUUUCCUGAUUUUCCUAAUGCCUCCUGGGAGUCUCUUGCUGUACUUCACACCUUAUUCCUGUAGAAGUAAGCGCACUCAAAAGGGUAGCAGAUACUCUCAGCAGCUUUCUCAUGUGCUUUUGACAUGUGUGGUGUGUUGCUAUAGGUGUAACAUGGUGGUGGAAGUUGUGGCAUAGAUGCUAAAAUGUUUGCCUCCUUCUUGGUCCUGAUAUUCAUUGUACCACUGAAAUGUGUUUGUAUUUUGUAAGGGCUGUGAGCUAUGGGCGUGCAGGGGAGGGUUAGGGAAGGAACUUACCUUGGUUUCAUUUAUAAAUAUUCACCCUGAGUGCUUUUGCUGCCGGGAUUUUGUUUGUGCAUAUUGCUUCAUGGCAUUCCAAAAGUAUAUUGUUGAUGGAGCAUCAGAGGAGCUUUGGAAACCCAUCUUUGAGUUGUCCCAGCCUUUGUCUGAGGUACCUGAAUUCUCAGUCUAAGCAAGUAGGAAGUUUAAGGUAUUGCUUUUUGUCUGCAGGGAAUGGUACCUUCAACUGUUACAUGGCAUCGUGGCCAAGUCGGUGUAGAGAAGGUGCUUGGAUCAUUCAAACUCAACUUAAGGAUGGGGAAACUUUUGGCAUGACGGAAAGAGUAUUUCCAGAGAAAACGAAAAAUUAUUUGUCUUGGCAGAUUCUUGCUCUUCCUUGGCAUGCCAGAAGAACACAAAGCGUGAAACUGUCUGCCCCUACAACGCGCUUCGUUUUCUGAGAAGACUCUUUUCAGACCACACGUAAAGCACCUCCCUGCUGUGUUGACAGUAAUGCGCAGACUUGCUGUGGGCUCUCUGUGUAGCAAAAGAUGUAGAAAGAAAGUAGUGAUCAUCUGCAAAGCAUGUGCAGUAGUUUCAGUUUUAUGUAUUUAAGCUUUUCAAAACAAAAUAAAUAACUUUU